AUGAAUCAAUGCUGGUUAAUUAUUCAACAACAAAUUCAAACACAAACUGAAAUGUUUACCUCAAUGGAUAAUAUUAUUAAUUCUAUAGUAUUUUCUACAUGUACAAGUUUAAUAGAAAGUUUAACACAAAUUGCAAACAAAUUAAAAAAUGAUAAUAAUCAAAAUGAAUUUGAACCAAUACUUCUCAUACUACAACAACAACUUCUUUUUAUUAAUGAUAAAAAAUCCACUUAUAUUUCACAUCAAAUUAAAUUAAAUCAAUUAAUCGAAAAACAACGUGAAAUACUUGAUCUAGCAUUGAAUUCCAUCAUAAAACAACCAAAUGAAUUGUGA